AUGUACGACACGUCGGCGCCGACGAGUAACGAGAGCGACAUCGCAACAUGGAAGAAGAAGGACCAAAAAGCGUUCGCUCCGCUAAUCUCGCGGAUCGGCAUCAACCUCGUGAGCUCGGUGCGCACGUGCAUCAAGCUCGAAGCGUCGGCGCAUGAAGCGUGGAAGCGGCUCGAGAUGACUCACGUGAACAAGACUCUCCACGGCAAGAUCCUAGCCCGGAAUGCGUUCUACACGGUGAAGUUGCACGCGGGCGAAUCGAUGCACGAGUAUGCGACUCGUGUGGAGGAACUCGGGGAAACGUUCGUAGACCUCGGUGGAACGGUCACGGAGGAGGAUUGGAUUUUGACCUUGCUUUGCGGCCUUCCGGAAGAGUGGUCGACGGUGAUAACGACACUCGAUAGCGUGCAAGACACUUGGACAAAGGAAACGGUGGUCGGUCGGCUUCUCCAUGAGGAAUCGCGUCGCCGACAAUUCGCUAAUGAGAGCGUGGAGACCGCCAUGUUCUCCGGAGGGAGUUCCGGAGGAAAGUCCAAGUGGAGCAAGGGUGCGACGAAGAAGUCGUACGGUGGAAGCGAUCGCGGCAAGGGGAACACAUCAAACGGCGCGAGCAAGUGCCACUAUUGCGGCAAAGCGGGACACUUUUGGUGUCGGAAGCGCCCUAGCGAUUGGACUCCAUCGAAGGCGCGGGACGAAGAGGGCAACGUGCACACGGCAUCCGGCGAGGCCGAUGAUUCAAAGGAGUCGCUCGUGUUAGUGGCCGGCAAUGGGAACAAAACUCCAAAUGACGUGUGGUUUCUCUAUAUCGGUGCAACGCAACACAUGACGCACUCGGCGUCGCUCCUCAACAACAUUGGCGCUCCGGGAGACGUCAUGAGCAUCGUGUUCGUAAACAAUGAAUCGCUACCGGUGGUUGGAGUUGGGAGUACACGCCUCAUCGUCGAUAGCGGACCGAAAGGCGUGAUCGCCACCAUCGACGGUGCGAACAUGAACCUCUUUUGGAAGGGGAAGCAAUUCGCACAAGGCGUUCUCAACGGAGAACUCUACCAACUCAAGACGCACCCAAGAGCGGCUUCAUCCAACGUGGCGCAAGGGUCCAAGCCAACUCUCAAGGCGUGGCAUAAUUGGCUUGCGCACGCUAACUACGAGUCGGUCAAGGAGCUCAACAAAGGACUCGCGAGAGGAGUCGACGUGAUCACCGGCGACGACGAGAAGGGCGUGUGCGCGGCGUGUGUCGAAGGAAAAAUGGCUCGCAAGCCAUUUGGUAGCCGUACCUCACCUCUCGCUAAGGACCCGCUUGCGCUCGUUCACAUGGACGUGUGUGGACCGAUGCGGCAUGCCUCAAAGGGAGGAGCGCGGGUUCUCUUGCCUGGGAACGAGUGGUGGGAAGAAGCGAGUGCGCUAGCGGCGUGGAUUCGCAACCGUUUGCCGACCAAGGUGCUACCGGGAACGACUCCGUUCGAAGCAUGGACCGGAACGAAGCCGAACCUAUCCCGCCUACGCACCUUUGGGUGCCUUCGCUGCUACCAUUUACCGGAUCCCCUUCGCCACAAGUUGCAACCGAAGGCUCGUGCGGCAAUCUACUUGGGAAUUGUGGCGAACGAGCGUACGUGGCGAGUGCGGGACUUGGGUGAAAGGCGCGUUGUCACAUCUCGGGAUGUGGUCUUUGACGAAGACAAGUUCCCGACGAAGGAGAAACCAUCUCAACAAGUCACCUUCAUCCUUCCGGCGCGAGAGGAGGUUGAAGAAAGUGAGGUUCCACCUCAAGUGGAGAAGGAAGCCGAAGAUGGAGGGGGAGAGAACAACAAGGAGAGCGUUGAUGAUGUCGUGGAGGUGUCACCAACCGAGACGGCAACUACCUCCACACCUUCCUCCCUACCAUUAGCCUUGGCUCGCGAGCGUCGCGAGGUUCGUCCUCACCCCCAAGUACAAAGACUACGCUACAGUAGCCGUUGGGGAGACGGAUAA